CAGCCUUGCCCUGUGUGUGUGGGGGGGUGUGCACGCAUGUGUGGCUGCAUCUCUGUGUAUCUAACAGCUGUGAGUGCGUGUGAGCAAGGUGAGGCCAUGUGAGGGGGCUGGGAGGAACAGGAGCUUGUCCCCCAAACCUACAUGAAGCACGCUCAACACGUAGCCAGUCACUGUCUUACCCACACCCCUGCAUACCCAGCCUCUGCCCUUGGACGCACAUGGCUCAGGGGAGAAGGAGCUCAGGCUGCUGGGGCUCUGGCCCAACUGCCCCUCCUUCAUCGAAUUGUCCUGAGCAAACCUCCUCACCUUUCCAAGCCUGUUUUCUCCUCUGUAAAGCAGAGUGAUGCCACCAAGCUUCUUGUGAGCACGGAGUGAUGUAAUGUACAUGAAGGUUCUGGCACGCAGAGAGCGCUCAAUACAUGUAGUGACCGGAGAAUGGGGUAGACAAGAAUCACACAGUUGUGUGCACUCAGGCAGUGACACACGAGGGCGGAGUCAUAGUUGGCUACGUUGCUCCUCUCCCCACUCCCCCCGCCCCAAUUUCACUGACCUGUCCCUUGGUGUGCAGGGCGUAUGUUUUGCCUAAUCUCACAACCCCGACUCCAUUGCUGUGCCGGGGAUGGGACUGACCUUCUGGAGAGUGUGGUCAGGCUUGCCUGCAGAUGGGGCAGGUAUUCUGGGUAGUGUAGACAACUCCAGCUGGAGAAAGACGUAGCACUGUCGGAAGUGUGGCUGCCCAGGGCUGGGGACACUGACGGAGAUCUCACAGUUGUCAGCAGCCCUGGGGGGCGGGCCCAAGGCGGGGCUGGAGAGGCGGGGCCAGCCGGCCAGCUGGGCUCUCUCCGGAGCCUGGAGGGCGGGGCUGCCCGACUCCGAGGUGCAGGGGGCGGCGGCCCAGGCCAGUUCGGUUGCAGGAUGAACAGAGGCAAGGAAGGAGGCAGCUCCCUGACGGACCCCGGGUCAGGGAGCAGCAGGCAGGUUUGCAUGACCAACUGCCCAACGCUCAUUGUCAUGGUGGGGCUGCCUGCCAGGGGCAAGACCUACAUCUCUAAGAAGCUGACCCGCUACCUGAACUGGAUUGGUGUGCCCACACGGGAAUUCAACGUUGGCCAGUAUCGCCGGAACAUGGUCAAGACAUACAAGUCUUUUGAGUUUUUCCUUCCAGACAAUGAAGAGGGCCUGAAAAUCAGGAAGCAGUGUGCCCUGGCAGCCCUCCGAGACGUUCGGCGGUUCCUUAGUGAGGAGGGGGGGCAUGUGGCGGUUUUUGAUGCAACAAAUACCACCCGAGAACGGAGAGCGACCAUCUUUAAUUUUGGGGAACAGAACGGCUACAAGACCUUUUUUGUUGAGUCCAUCUGUGUGGAUCCUGAGGUCAUAGCUGCCAACAUCGUGCAAGUGAAACUGGGCAGCCCUGACUACGUCAACCACGAUAGCGAUGAGGCCACGGAAGAUUUCAUGAGGCGCAUCGAGUGCUAUGAGAAUUCGUAUGAGUCGCUGGACGAGGACCUGGACAGGGAUCUGUCCUACAUCAAGAUCAUGGACGUGGGGCAGAGCUACAUCGUGAACCGCGUGGCUGACCACAUCCAGAGCCGCAUUGUGUAUUACCUCAUGAACAUCCAUGUGACGCCCCGCUCCAUCUACCUCUGCCGGCACGGGGAAAGCGAGCUCAACCUCAAGGGCCGGAUUGGCGGGGACCCAGGACUGUCCGCCCGGGGCAGGGAGUUUGCCAGGAGUCUGGCCCAGUUCAUCAGGGAUCAGAACAUCAAGGACCUAAAGGUUUGGACAAGCCAGAUGAAGAGGACAAUCCAGACGGCUGAGGCCCUGGGUGUGCCUUAUGAGCAGUGGAAAGUUCUCAACGAGAUUGAUGCGGGCGUCUGUGAGGAGAUGACCUACGAGGAAAUUCAGGAUCAUUAUCCACUGGAAUUUGCCCUGCGAGACCAGGACAAGUACCGGUACCGGUACCCCAAGGGGGAGUCCUAUGAGGACCUGGUCCAGCGACUCGAGCCUGUCAUCAUGGAGCUGGAGCGGCAAGAGAACGUGCUGGUCAUCUGCCACCAGGCUGUGAUGCGCUGCCUCCUGGCCUACUUCCUUGACAAGGCGGCAGAACAGCUGCCCUACCUCAAGUGUCCGCUGCACACGGUCCUGAAGCUGACCCCUGUGGCUUAUGGUUGUAAAGUGGAGUCCAUAUUCCUGAAUGUGGCGGCUGUGAACACGCACCGGGACAGGCCUCAGAAUGUAGACAUCUCUCGGCCUCCGGAGGAAGCCCUUGUCACGGUCCCUGCUCACCAGUGACCGUGUGUCGUCCACUGCAACCCGCGGGCAGGUGUUGAUCUCUGUGGACGAGGUCAUUCCAGGCCCUCUGCUCUGUGUGACAGUCACCACACAGGAACACCCUCAAAGCCAUGCAUGGCUGGUGGCACCCAGAAUCCCUGCCCCAGCCCACCUGUUUCCUUGUUGACAGCGACAGGGUUGUAUGCGGUGCCCAACCUGCUGCUAAAAACCACUUGGCCUGACUGCGUCUGCACCAGGCUGGUGAGAGGUUUCCCAGCCCCUGAUCCUUCUGUUCUCUCUCACCGGCCGGGUGGGCUUUGUGAAGUGUGAAACCCAAAAAUGUGAAAUGGAAAGCACUUGCUGUGAUGUUUCCACCCACUGAGGCCGACCUGCCUGGGUAGACCUGGGGACCCCUGCCAGGGCUCUGCUGCCCUCUCUUUGGCCACUUCCUGAGCCAGAGGUAAGGUGUUCAUGAGCUGCUGCUGCCUCAGUAAGCGGGAAAGAGCCCUCCCCAUCCUGCCUCGCCAGGAACUGAAGAGCUUCCGCCAAGGCAGCCACCUCCACUGGCCAGACCCUUGGGUCCGUGCGUCUGCAUUUGUGGACGCUCAGGAAAGCAGUGUGUUCACUUCAGCACAUGGGAAUGCACAGAAACAUGCAGGCAUCGGGGUGUUUGCAAUUACCCGUUCCCAAUUAUGCCUACACUGGAAUACUCGUGGGAGCUGGUAGCCAAGGCCACCCCUCUUCAACUGCUCUCAUGGUGCAACACGUAAAGAAAGAUGUGAAGACGGGACAGUUGUAUGAGUUGCCCUUCCCAGUGCUCGAGGGAGAGGCUGCCCUCUCAUCUUCCUCUCCCAGCCGUGCCACUGGGCUACCUUGCCCACUGCUGCCUGUGUCCACACAAGAGUGUACACUGGUGGCAGGGACCUGCAUUUGCUGUGAAGGAUUCGGAAAAGUUUGCAUGGUCCUGCAAAGCCCGUCCUGGCGUUUGUUGACCUCUACCCGUGGGACUAAGCACAGGAAAGCCCAGAGCUGGAGGCAGCCCCUGGCCAGGGCAGGAUUUUCCCAGCUUCUGAUUCUUGUACACAGGAGCCUGAUGAAAACGACCUCGGGAAGCCUGCCACCUGUCACGCCCCUGAGUUCUUUUGGGCCCAGGGAGUUGGGCUGGACUGCGGGUUCCGGCUCCCAUUUUGUAGCUGGGAGAACAGGCUGGCCAGCAAGUUGUGAGGCUGGGUGAGGAAGUGUGUGGAUUUGUAGUUGGAUGCGCUGCUGUCCACAGGUGGUGGUCCUUGGUGAAGUCAGGCCCCAGGAUCCUGUGUCCCUGGCCCAGGCUGAUGGUCUCUCGGCCUCGAGUGCCACAGCAGCUAUGGACAGACAUGGGUGGAGAGAUGUCCAGGACAGAGCCGUGGCAGGGCCCUCCUUCUGGACUUAUCUCCUGUCAGAGUCCGAGGCCCCUUAGACCCAGGGCCAGAGGACCACACCACUGCCUUUGGGAUGUGGGGACUGCAGCCUUUGCUUCCAUGUCCACCAGAGUAUUGGUGACUUUUGGUCAUGCUCAGUUGUUGGCCAUAGCAGGUCCCUUUGGUCAGCGGCAUGUACAUCUAGAUGUCACCACCUCUCCAAGACCUCAGGCUGGCUGAGGUGAGACCAGCGAGGCCUUUUCUCUCUGUCCAGAGGGCAGCCAGGAGCUACUGGAGACGUGUCACAAGGACUGGGAUGGGGCAGAGGGAAGUCUGGGAUCCCAGCAGGGCUCACCCUGGGCCGGCUCUGCAUGGGCAGCCGUCCACCUGGCUGGCUGCCCGGUUGUAGCCAGGACGGUUGAUGUGCUCCUGUUGCAGACAUGUUUCCUGCUCGCCCUGGAAUGGAUGUUGUUGAAUCUCAGCCACACAUCACACUGUGUCCAACAUUCUUUGCAAUAAAUACUUUUUAAAAAAAGAACAA